AUGCUUCAUGACCCUGACGACAUUGUAAAGAUACCUCGUGCCGAGUAUGUCCAAUGGUGCAGAGAACGACUGGAUCAGUUCCACUACAAUGCAACACCCUUCAUGUCACCAAGUAGUAAUACGGCAGCAGAUUCAACGAUGAACAGCAAUAACCGAUCGCCUACUGGGUCACGGUUUGGAUACGCUUUGCCACAUGAGAUAUUACUCGAAGUGUUUGGAUACCACAAAGAAUCGCAGUCGACAUUAUAUGCAGUAUCGCUUGUGUGCCGGCAAUGGAUGCUAUGUGUGACACCGUUGUUGUAUCGUCAUGUCAGGAUUUGGGAUACGUAUCGAUGGGCAACCUUUAUUCUCACAUUGACACGCGACAAACGAUCGUACAACUAUGGAAAGCUUGUGUCAACGCUCAAUCUUGCCAAUGACAACGUGGGUGCAUUGUAUGGUCUUAAUCAUAACCAUGUUCAACUCAUGAACUUUGAUACCAGUGAUGAUACCAGUACUACCACAAUCACAACAUUAUCCACAAUCUUGACCGAGCGGAGGGCAUCACGAGAUGAAGGACAUCAUGGCAGAAACCAUGGAAACAACCCAACGACCACAACCACAACGACCACUACAACGACCGCAGCAAAUGGCGCAAGGGAACACCAAGUGUUUGUGACAACGUCAUCACUCAUGCAAAUGGCAAACACGUGCAAAGGAUUGACGCAUUUGGAUCUAUCAUUGACUUCUAUUGUGUACGACAGCUUGAUUGUGGAAACGGGCGAAUACCUAUCCACAUUGCAAAACUAUGCCGUGCAGCCUGGGUUGACUCAAAAGUUGAUUCCCAUGGAUCGUGUCAUUGAAGUUAUUGGUGAAGAGUGUCCAAAUUUGAGACAAGUGAUCAUGCAACGUUGCGACUGGGGCUCGGCUCAAAUCAUUUGGUGGUGGGUGUCGCAUUGUCGAAACUUGGCUCUCCUUGAUGCUCGUGGCUGUAACAAAUGCACCGUCAAAGAACUCGUCAUUCGCCCUCUGGAAGGUGUGAUUUAUGUUGAGGAUACAAGACGACCUGUACCCGAAGAAGAAAUUGAGGAUGAACAUCAUCAGGAUGGCUAUUUUGAUACCAGUGUGCAACCACCAAGAUGGGUACCAGCGGCACCAACCUUGUUAGCUCACACGGAGCCUGUUCCGGUGCCUCUUAGACAAGUAGUCCACCAUAUCAUUUCAGAAGCAAAGGAGCUUGGUGCUAGUGAUCUCGGUUGGUUCAAUGCGUAA